AUGAGUGACGUACAACGAAUCGGAUUUACACAGCUCUUGGGUGAGAACGGCACCAAGAACAGGCAGUAUCGAGUAAACAUCAUAUUUGUUCAUGGUUUGCGAGGACAUCCGAAGGGGACAUGGGAAGCCGCCCCAGAGGCGGAUCGUGCCUCAGAUGCCGCAGAGCCAGGCAAACAAAAGCCUCGCAGGUUUUGGUCCAAGUCUAAGCCGCCCGACUCAAACACUGCGGAAGUUUCCAACAAAGCAAAACUUGCCAAGAGCUUUUGGCCAGAGGAUUUCCUGACGAGGGAUAUUCCUGAGGCGAGAGUAUGGACAUAUGGCUAUAAUGCCGACGUAAUAGAGGGUAUUUUCCAGUCCAACAACCAGAAUAGUAUUUCACAGCACGGUCAAGAUCUUGCAGUGUGUUUUGAACGAGAGAUAAACAACAAGGACCCUGUCUUGUUUGUAGUGCACAGCCUUGGCGGUAUCAUCACCAAAGAUGCGAUAAGAAGAUCCGAGACGUGUCGCGAGCGCACGAAAUUGAUUGUCUUCCUUGGUACACCUCAUCGCGGGAGCAGCUAUGCACCAUGGGGUGCGAUUGCAGCGAAUAUUGCCAUUGUUACGCUACACGAUUCUAACAAAAAGAUUGUUAAAGCACUGGAACCCAAUAGUGAGGUGCUGGACAACAUUCAUGAGGACUUCAAGAACAUUAUAACUACCUCUAAGAUCAAAAUACACUCAUUUCAAGAGGCGCGAGGAAUGACGGGAUUCAAAGGACUACACAAUAAGGUGGUAGACAGCUUUUCUGCUAAGCUCGAUCUACCAAGGUCCGCAGAAACUGUCGAGAGUAUUGACGCAAACCAUAUGCAAAUGGCUCGGUGCAGCAAUAUGGCAGACUCACGGUACCGGAAAAUAGCCGGUGUCCUUAAGCAUUUCAUUCACAGUUGUAUACUUGACAGCCCUGAAACUGGACCUUAUGACCCACUUUGCACACAGCAGCCCGUUCAGUCAUGGAGAAAAUCGAUUAGUGAAUUGAGCGAAGAAUUAAGCAACCAUACCCCGGUUGCUCAAGUCAGUUCCACUCCCAGCUCCUUGGUACAAAACAUACCUAGAGUAAUUUCUGAAGAUGUGAGCAACGAGCCCGGAAAGGGGGCUACUGGCAACGUGGUUGCCUACGAUGAAAGCGAGAUCUCUACCAUUUUUGACGUUAUCAUACAAGGUGAUUUCCAAGCUGUCAAGCGAUAUUUAAGGCACAAUGAUAAGGAAAGUCUUAAUGCCACAUGGCAGCCUAAAACGCGGAAAGUCCUGCCGCUUCAUUUUGCUGCAAUGCUGGGAAAGACCGAAGUCGUUCGAUUACUCCUGCUAAAUGGUUCCAAUCCUGUGAUACGUGCAGGUACUGGAGACACUGCUUUGCAUUUUGCCGUUAGACAGGACCAUAUCAACACCGUGUGUGAGAUACUAAAACGGGAUGAGUAUGGUCAACUUCUUUAUCCACCCGAAGACAGCAUCAACUGGAUAAUGCCCGAAGGAGCAACCGCUUUAACAUUCGCUGUCUAUAAUGAGUCUGUAAAGAUGGUACAACUGCUACUUGACGCUGGAGCGGAUCCGGAUGCAUGCGAUUUAUCUGGGAUAACGCCAUUGCUCACCGCAGCAUCCAGAAGCCUUGAUAAUAUCCUUGUCAUUCUAUUGGAUGCUGGUGCAAAUCCCAACAAUGCUACAGUUGAGGGUAUCACGCCGAUUCAUACGGUAAAGACUUCUCGCUCAGCUCAGAAUCUUAUAGCCGCUGGGAGUGAUCUGUCCGCCAAGGUUCACAGAGAAAACAAAUACAACUUUCUUAUUGGAACAACGCCACUCAGGGCCAUUGUGGAUAAUGGAAAACCGGAUAUUGUUAAAGUACUGGCGAGGAGUUGCACUCGCGAACAAAUUCAUGUCAAGGCUUCUGAUGGGAAAUCUGCACUGGAAGCUACAAUUAGGCCUUACCGGCCGGAGCUGUCAUCUAUUCUCAUGGACGCUUUAGAGGAUCUGUCAACAUAUAGCUAA